UAGAUGACGUGUGCGCCGACUGUUCAGUUUAUGCAAUAUUACUUAUUUUCUUCCACGUCUUUAUUAAUUUAAGUUUAUCAAUCGGAAUAAGUGGACAAAUAACAAUUCAUAGAUAGUUCACUCAGUGAUUAUCGAGUUAUAAUGAUUAAGUACGUUGGGUUAUUGGCACUUGUUCUAGUGCAAUGUACAUCUGGCCUGUAUUUUCACAUCGGUGAAACUGAACGAAAGUGCUUCAUUGAGGAAAUUCCAGAUGAAACCACUGUUUUAGUGAAUUACAAGGUCGAACUUUUCGACCCCAGGAGUGGUGGAUUUAUGCCAAGCAGUCCAGGCAUAGGUAUGCAUGUUGAGGUUAGAGAUCCUGAUGACAAAACUAUUUUAUCCAGAGUCUACAGUUCGGAAGGAAAAAUUUCAUUCACCUCACACACCCCUGGAGAACAUGUAAUCUGUCUGUAUUCCAACAGCACUGCUUGGUUCAGUGGAACACAACUGAGAGUACAUUUGGAUAUUCAAGUUGGUGAUCACACAAUCGACUAUGCAAAUCUUGCACAGAAGGAGAAAUUAUCAAAACUUCAACUACGAGUUCGUCAGCUGUUGGAUCAGGUCGAGCAGAUUACUAAAGAGCAGAAUUAUCAGAGGUAUCGAGAGGAGCGUUUUAGGCAGACGUCGGAGAGCACAAACCGUCGAGUAUUAUGGUGGUCAGUGACACAAACUGUAAUUCUCCUAGCCAUGGGUGCCUGGCAAAUGAGACACUUGAAGAGCUUUUUCGAGGCAAAGAAACUCGUGUGAGGUGGAGUCGUUCGUCAGGCAAAAUUUUGUCAUUAAAAAAUGUUCCAGGGGAAUGUUCAAACCUGAUGAGCCUGACUCACAAUCCCAACAACGCCAUCAAUAAUGGCUUGAUCUCGAGGAUAAUUGAGGCUUAAAAUAUCAAGAAACCUUCCUAUUCCAAUAGGAUGAAUUUUCAAAAGAAAUAAGAUCGCACUAUUAUUCAGAAAAACAAAUGGUUUUAUCCACCAGUUUCAUACUAAUUAAUUAAUUAAUUGCAAUAAACAACUUCUGUCCCUGCAGAAGUAUUCCUCAUUCUGUACAGAUUUGUUUCCAACAAUAAAAAAAGCACUUUGUAAGAAAUUUAGUUAUGAUGUGUAAGAUGUUCUUCGUGAAUAGAAAUAAAUAUUUAAUUGAUAAAAA